AUGGCGAGCCUCGAGGCCGAGCUGGCGCGCUUCGAGUCGGAGCUCGCUCAGUGCGGCGCGGAAACUCAGCAAGUCGGCUCAGUAGCUGCAGGCGCGAGCGGAGCGUUCGAUGGAGGCCCGGGGCAGCGGCCGCCGGGGCGGCUGCCGCCCCCCAAGAUGGGACCCCCCCCAUCCCAGGUCGGUGCACCCCAGAAACCGCCUGGGUCUUCACCAGGAUGGUCUCCUUCAUCUGGAGGCCCACCACCUGCUGUGAGGCCUCGUCUAAUGGCCCCCACGCAGAGGCCGCCACCUCCAAUGCCACCACAGGGGAUGACACAAGAGGGGUACAGACCCAUGCACCCGCCGGGUCCCCUUCCCAUGGGUGCCCCACGCGGACCUCCACCACCCAUGGCCCCUCAUCCUGGCCCUGCGCCCAUGAGGCCGCCAAUGGGCCCGAUGGUCCAAGCACCUGGUCCAGGCAUGUUGAUGCCGCAGCAGGGGGAGCCUGGUCAGCCUACUGUGGCUCCUGGAGGUCGGCCAUAUGGCCACGGCCCGAUGGUUCCAGCAGCUCCCAUGGCGGGACCAGCAGGGCCAGGAGGCCCCUCAAUGGGCCCCAUGGCCCGCCCCACGUACACAUACAGCGGAGAGGGCUAUUACCCAUAUCAGCAGGGAAUGGCAGGUUCAGCAAUGAGUAACCCUGCAAACACGCCAGCAGCAACACCAAACCCAAGCAUCGCUGCUCCUGCCCAGGUCGCCUUGCCAUCUGAAGAUGGCGCCAAGGGCUCUAAGGAUGCUGCAGAGGGUGCCGAAGCCAAGAAGAGACAAGCAGUUGCGAGGAAGGCUGCAGGGGUGCGAUGGUUUGAUGAGACGCUUAUGGACUGGCCGGAUGACGACCACAGGAUAUUCGUGGGUGACCUGGGAAACGAGGUGAACGAUGACAUUCUGGCAAAGGCCUUUUCAAAGUACCCAAGCUUCUAUAAGGCAAAGGUGGUCAGAGAUAAGAGGACCAACAAGACGAAAGGGUAUGGCUUUGUCAGCUUCAUGGAUGCCAACGACUUCGCAAAGGCUCUGAAAGAGAUGCAGGCAAAGUACAUCGGGAAUAGGCCGUGCAAAUUGAGCAAGAGCUCAUGGAGGGAACGAAAUGACAGCCAUCCCAGGAGGAAAUACAAACCGAAGCCUCCGAGGGAGAGGCCCCACGAAAGGAGCAAGGGGGGCCGCAAGAUGGCGUGA